AUGAGGAAGCGAUCUAGGCCGUCCGAGCAGCGACUAGAAGGGAUAGUUGACUGGCCUCAUACCCUGAAUAUGAUUCCAUCUCUGAGGAUUAUUGAUCUUUCUUGGUGUCAACUUGAUAGUGCAAACCAAUCACUUCCACACCUUAAUCUCACAAAACUUGAGAAGCUUGACCUCUCCUGGAAUUACUUUGAGCACUCACUUGGAUCUGGCUGGUUUUGGAAAGCGACAAGCCUCAAGUACCUCGAUCUUGGGCAGAACUCACUAUUCGGCCAGUUCCCUGACACGCUAGGAAACAUGACGUAUCUUCAAGUCCUUAAUGUUCCCCAGAAUGGGAACUCAGACAUGCUGAUGACAGAAAACCUUAAGAAUCUUUGCAGUUUGGAAAUCAUUGACCUCUAUGGUAAUGAGAUAAAUGGAGACAUAGCAUCCGUGUUUGUGGAGAGUUUGUCGCAAUGCGUAUGGAAAAACUUGCAGAAGCUGGAUUUAAGUUACAACAAUUUCACUGGAACUCUGCCAAACUUUAUCAGUGAUUUCAGCAGGUUGAGCAUACUAAGCCUCUCCAGAAACAACCUUGUUGGACCUAUACCACCACAGCUUGGGAAUUUGACAUGUUUGACUUCUUUGGACCUCUCCAGCAAUCACCUGAAUGGAAGUAUACCAACUGAACUCGGUGCUCUUACCACUUUAACCUCUUUGAACAUAAGCAGUAACGACCUCACCGGGAGUAUACCAGCCGAGCUUGGGAAUUUGAGGUAUUUGACUGAACUUCGCCUCUCCUAUAACAACAUCACUGCUCCUAUACCACCAGAGCUUAGGCAUUCAACUAGCCUAACCUAUCUAGACCUCUCGAGCAAUCAUCUCAAUGGAAGUGUACCCACUCAAAUAGGUUCUCUUAUUAAUCUGAUUUCUCUGUACCUAUGGAACAAUAGCUUUACUGGUGUGAUCACGGAAGAACACUUUGCAAAUCUAACAAGUUUAAAGUAUGUAGACUUGUCUUUCAACAAUUUGAAGAUUGUGCUGAAUUCAGAUUGGCGCACUCCCUUUAUGUUGGAGUAUGCAUCGUUUGCAUCUUGCCAGAUGGGUCCUCUGUUUCCACCUGGGCUUCAGCAGCUGAAAACCAAUGAACUUGACAUUUCAAGCAACGCUCUGAAGGGCGAGAUCCCUGAUUGGUUUUGGUCCGCAUUUUCAAAUGCCACAUAUCUGGACAUAGCUAACAACCAAAUAAGUGGCAGCUUGCCAGCACAUAUGCAUAGCAUGGCUUUUGAAGAACUCCAUCUCAAUUCGAACCAGCUUACUGGACCAAUACCUACGUUACCAACAAAAUCUAUUUGCAAAUUGCAACAAGUAGUGUAUCUGGAUAUGUCGAACAAUAUUUUGGAGGGUGAAGUUCCUAAAUGUUUUCACUUCUACAAAAUAGAACAUCUUAUACUCAACAACAACUGUUUAUCAGGAAAAAUCCCAGCAUUUUUGCAGAAUAACACAGUCGACAUAACAAAGCUGGGGCAGCUUCAAUACUUGGAUCUAUCAGGCAACAACUUCUCUGGUGCAAUACCUUGGCAUCUGUCGAAUCUAACAUUUAUGACAACACUACAAGAGGAAUUUAGGUAUAUGGUUAGUGUUGAAUAUGAAUCCAUGGGAGGUACAACCGGAAUUGGAGCUGGUCACGUAGGAGAAAUAUUGCCAGUGAUUACCAAAGGGCAGCAACUUAUAUAUGGUAGUACAAUUGCAUAUUUUGUGGGUAUUGAUUUAUCAAGCAACUCCCUGACUGGUGAAAUUCCCACAGACAUCACUUUCCUUGUUGCACUCAUUAAUUUGAGGUUAACUGCAAAUGAUAUGUCUGGUCGAUGGACACACAUGAUUGGCGCUAUGCAGUCACUGGUAUCUCUUGAUCUCUCUCAGAAUAAGCUUUCUGGUGAAAUCCCAUCGGGCAUGUCAAAUCUGACAUCUCUGAGCUACCUAAACCUGUCCUACAACAGUUUGUCUGGAAGGAUACCCUCUGGCCGCCAACUUGACACCCUCAAUUCGGAGAACCCUUCACUUAUGUACAUCGGCAACAGUGGACUUUGUGGGCCUCCUGUCCACAAGAAUUGUUCAGGAAAUGAUCCUUCCAUCCAUGGGGAUCUCGAAAGCAGCAAGCAAGAAUUUGAGCCACUGACCUUUUAUUUUGGGCUUGUGCUGGGAUUUGUGGUGGGGCUAUGGAUGGUGUUUUGUGCACUGCUGUUCAAGAAGACAUGGAGAAUUGCUUAUUUCUGGCUUUUCGACGAGGUGUAUAAUCGGGUCUAUGUAUUUGAAGUUGUGAAGUGGGCAAGCUUCACAAAGAACACAGAUAUAGAAUAA